AUGUCCUUGACAGCGUGGCUGCUCGUCUUCCUGAGCAUCGGGCUUCUCCUCGUCCGCCGUCGCCGCAGGCGUCUUGCAUUACCUCCAGGACCGCCAGGGAUACCGGUAGUGGGUAACGUGCUGGACUUCCCGCAGUCACACUAUGGAGCCAAGUUCGCCGAGCUGGCCGCGAAAUACGGCGAUCUGGUAUACCUUGAGUUGUUCGGACAGCCCGUCGUGGUUGUGAACUCCCACGAUGCGGCGAUAGAUCUGCUGGAGAAGCGAUCGGUCAACUACUCCGACCGUCCGCGAUCAGUUAUGUCUGAAUUGACCGAGUAUGACGACUGGGUGUUCGUGCUGAUGCACUACAACCAGAAAUGGCGGCAGCAUCGGCGUGUCGUCGUCCAGUCUUUUCAACCUGGCGAUGCGCUGGUGUCAGCACAGCCUAUCGUGAUAGCCUCCGUUCAUGAAUUGCUUGAAGGACUCCUCCGCACGCCCGAUAAAUUCUCUGAACAUCUCGGCUUUACGCUCGCAAAGUCCACAAUACGUCUCGUUUACGGGAUACAACUGACAGACCCCAACGACCGCUUCUUCGACAUGGCAAGCACGAUAGUUCAGAUUGGGUCAGAAAUGGCCGUACCUGGAGCUUUCUUGGUGGAUGUCAUUCCCAUCCUUCGGUUUCUACCAUCGUGGUGUCCUGGAGCUAAGUUCCUGAGGACUGCGGAGGCCUGGAAGUUACAGGCGCGGGCUUAUAGGGAUCAGCUGUUCGCCGCAGGCAAGGCUGCCUUCGACCGUGGUAUCGUUGAUUCUCUCAUCGGGAGAGUCUUUGAGGAAUCGGACAAUAUGCCUCCUUCUGAGACGAAUGCUCCCGGAAAAAUGGAGGAAAUGCUUCGCGGUGCGGCAGCGGCAGCGUACGGAGGUAGCGCAGACACGACACACGCCGCCGCACACGUGUUCUUCCUCGCCAUGGCUCUACACAAGGACGUGCAAGAGAAAGCCCAAAGCGAGCUCGACUCGGUCGUCGGCCCUGAUCGACUACCCACGUUCGCCGACCGCGAGUCCCUUCCGUACAUAGCCGCGCUGGUGAAAGAAGUUCUGCGGUGGCAUGUAAUUGCCCCAAUCGGCGUCGCACAUCGCUCCGUUGCGGACGAUGUGUACGACGGGUACCUGAUUCCCGCUGGCACGUUGAUCGUUCCUAACCAGUGGGCCAUGGCCCGGGACGAGACGCAGUACCCAGACCCCGACAACUUCCGCCCCGAGCGCUUUUUGCGGAAUGGGAAGAUUGAUCCUAAUGUGCGCGACCCGGCAACCUUCGCGUUUGGCUUCGGACGAAGGAUUUGCCCCGGCCUCCAUUUUGUGGACAUGGCGCUGUUCAUCAACUUCGCCUCGAUCUUACACGUCUUCAAUAUUGGCCCUCCGGUGGACGAAAAUGACGCUGUCUUGCCACUGAAAGCGGAGUUCGCAGAGACGAGCACCAACUCACGGCCCGAAGCGUUCGGAUGCACCAUUCGGCCGCGAUCUCUCAACGCUGCGCAGCUCGUCCACUCUCUCGCAGAAGACGCGCGGUGAUCACAGGACGCCUAUGCGGUCUCGCUCACUCUGUUCCGCAUCCGACGGAGGACCUUGUAAUAUCACUAUCCACGGUCCGGCGCUCCGCUACCACUUUCUGUCGCCCAAGCCCCUUUCUCGUGUGUACUCCGUUCCCUCUUCUACCUCUCUCAUUGUAUAUGCCGGACUUCCUUUGAGCACUGGUCUUGGCAAGAAGCGUUCACAGCGCUCCCGGCGUCCCUUGCCUAUCCCCGCGCGUCUUCUUCCUUGUCAUGUGCCGGACAUGUCGGUCUCCG